AUGGCGCCCAUCCCGAACGCACAGCAGGCCUCACAGCACGCCGCGCGAGCUGCCGACCGUGCACAGGUCACCGCCAAUAACACGGCGAACAAGCUCUCAAAAUGGGUCGAGGAGAACCGAACGCUCGUUCUCGCUUUGGCAACCGGUACACUUGCUCUUGGUGGAUACUACCUCUACUCGCGCUCCUCGUCCAAGGCGAAAGCCAAGGGCACUGUCAGCGACAGCGACGAUGAGGAGAAGGCUGGCUCGGCCAGCGCGGGUGCUUCCGGCUCGGCUGCCAGCAAGAAGAAAAAGAAGAAGGGCACCAAGAAGAAGACCACGGGAAGUGGGGCUGGUGCUGGUGCAGCUGCUGGCGCAUCAUCGUCCACCGACUCCUCCUCGCAACGUGCUGAAGGCCUGCCCUCGGAUCCAUCAGGUCCCUUGCUCGACGAGGCCACCGACGACCAGCUUGCCGAACUGCCCGAAGCUGAGAUCCUCAAGCUCCCGCAAGCAAAGCGCGAGAGCUUGUCGCAGCACCUCAAGACGCUCGGUAACAAGGCCUACUCCAACCGUCAAUUCGAAAAGGCUAUCGCCCAUUACACAAAGGCCAUCGCUGCCCACCCCAUGGCCGUCUUCUACUCGAACCGUGCCGCAUGUUACGCCAACCUGAGCCAGCCGCAGCAGGUGGUCGCCGACUGCGACGAGGCGCUCAAGAUGGACCGCGUCUACGUCAAGGCGCUCAACCGUCGUGCGGUUGCCAAGGAGCAGCUCGGCAACCCCGCCGAGGGCCAGGAGGGGGUUGGCGAGGACAAGGCACAGCUUCUGUUUGACUCGCUUGCCGACUUCACCGCCGUCGCUAUUCUGGGUCAGUUCAAGGACCAGACCGCCACCGAGAGCGUCGAGCGCGUGUUGCGCAAGUUGGCUACCGGCAAAGCACAGGACAUUCUCAAGAGCCGCGAGCCCAAGCUGCCCUCGCCCACCUUUGUCACUGCCUACCUCGAGGCGUUCCGUACCAAGGCCAAGCCGACGCUGCCCGAGAAGCCGAGCCAAGGCGACGAGACACUGCUCAAGGCGUACGGUGCUCUGGAGGCCAAGAGCUACCCUCACGCCUUUACGCUGUUCAACGAGGCCAUCGAGCAAGGACUCAGCAACGAGGAUCUCGAGGCCAACGCCUACAACAUGCGCGGAACCUUCAAGUUUGUCAUUGGCAAUGCUAAGGAGGCGCUUGCGGAUCUGGAGCGCAGCACGUCGUUGCGUCCCAACUAUGUUCAGUCGUGGGUCAAGAAGGCGUCGGUGCACAUGGAGCUGUCGGACAAGGAGGCAGCGUUCAAGGACUUUGACAAGGCUAUCGAGGCCGAUGCGCAGGACCCUGACAUCUACUACCACCGUGGCCAGGUCAACUUUAUCCUGGGCGAAUUCGAUGCGGCCAUCAAGGACUACGAGAAAUCGACGUCGCUCGACGACACGUUCAUCUUCUCUCAAGUGCAGUACGCCGUGGCGCACUACAAGAACGGCAACAUUGGACACUCGACCGCGGCAUUCCGCAAGCUGUUGCGCAACUUUGACACUUCGUCGGAGGCAUACAACUACUACGGCGAGCUGCUGCUCGACCAGCAGAAGUUCGAGGAGGCCAUGGACAAGUUCGACAAGGCCAUCGAGAUUGAGAACGGCAAGACGGGCUCGACAAAUGUGCUGCCCAUGAUCAACAAGGCUCUUGCGCUAUUCCAGUGGAAACAGGACAUCGGAGCGGCCGAGGAGCUCUGCAGACAGGCGCUCAGCAAGGACGAAGACUGCGACGUGGCCGUGGCUACGCUGGCACAGCUCAGCUUGCAGCAGGGCAAGAUCCAGGAUGCCAUCGACUACUUUGAGCGGUCGGCCAAGAUUGCCAGGACCGAACCGGAGCUGAUCAACGCGCUGACUUACGAAAACGCCUCGAGGGCGCAGUUGAAGUUUAUCCAGGAGUAUCCGGAACAGGGAGCGGCGUUGGGCCAGAUGGCGGGAAUGCUUUGA